AUGCCGGUUCCUCCCAUUCAACGCCUCUACUAUUGGAGCCCUAGUCAAGGAUUCGCCACGCGGAUCACCAGCGGAUUCGGAAUCUCCUUUCGGAAACGGUGGUGUUACGGAGUGUAUCACGAUGCGUGCCGCGGCGUGGAGAACGUGUGCAUCACGCGCCGGUGUUCCGAAGUGGUCCCGCGGUCCCGCGGUACGGACCGCGGGCCCAAGAAGAAGUUACGUCGCAGCGCGACGGAGGUCCCCGAGGAACGAGUCCGAAGUCCCGAGGAGAAGACCCGCAAGACCGUAAGCCUCGUCCGACGGGAGUCUCGCUCCCUCCCGAGGAACUAUUGGAGGCGUCGCGACCGGAAGGAAGGACCCGAACGAAGUGUCAGCUCCAGCCGUUUGACCCUCCCGGAGCCUCCGAACCGACCUCUACCGGAGAUUCCCCGAGCCGAGAGUUUCCCCGGGAUCGUGAUCGGUCGGGACCGAGAGGAAGCAGCUUCCCUGUCCGACCGGGCCUUGUCCCUGGGUGCCAUCAGCGUCCGGGCGUAUUUCAGUCGACACAGCAUCGACGGAGUCGUGCGAGCUCAGAGUCUGGGGAAUCUUUCGGCUCCUUCUCCGCGGACGCCACCGCCCCCUUUACCUCCGAGGCGAAGGAAAAUGCUUCACAAUCCGAAUCCCGGCGAUCUGGUGUGGUUUGACCCCGGCGUGGGUUACGUGAUACCCGGAGAAGUGGUGGAGUAUCACCGUCCGUCGGGUGUCAUCACGGUUCAGGCUGUCAUCGGCGGCAAGCCCCAAGUUUUCACCAUGAACAACGUCAGUCACGUGCGAAGGAGGCAGGACCUCGGCCAGUAUGGCGUCGAAGACAUGAUUCAGCUCGCUGAUCUCAACGAAGCAUCGCUGGUGUGGAAUCUCAAGAUACGCUACGACAAGGAACUCAUCUACACUUACACCGGAAGCAUCUUGGUGUCGGUGAAUCCGUACAAGAUGUUCGACAUUUACGGCCUGGACAUGGUGAAGAAAUACGAGGGUCGCAUCCUCGGCACCCUUCCGCCACACUUGUUUGCGAUCGCGUCGGCGGCCUACGCCCACGUGAACAACGAAAAUUUGGAAAAUGGGGAGAAUCAGGCAGUCAUCAUCUCGGGGGAAUCCGGUGCCGGAAAGACGGAAAGCACCAAACUCAUCAUGCAGUACCUGGCGGCGGUGAACAAGAGUUCCUCGAACGUGAUCACAGAGCAGAUUCUGGAAGCCACGCCGCUCCUCGAAAGCUUCGGCAACGCGAAGACGGUCAAGAACGACAACUCAUCUCGUUUUGGCAAAUACCUUCAACUCUACUUCAACAACGGAGUGAUCAGCGGUGCGAAGACGACGGAUUAUCUGCUGGAGAAGAGCAGGAUCGUGACGCAUGCGUCCGACGAGAGGAACUAUCACGUCUUUUACGAGCUUCUCAAGGGGCUCCGACCGGAGGAGAAGGAGAAGUAUGGCCUCCAGACCCCCGAUAAAUAUUUCUACCUCAAUCAGGCACGUUGGACCUGCGAGAUCGACGGGAAGAACGACGAGGAGGACUUUCAGUCGCUUCUGGCUGCCAUGCAAGUCCUUGGACUCUCCAUGGAGGAACAAGAUACCAUCUUCCGCAUCCUGGCUUCAGUUUUGCACCUGGGGAACGUGUACUUCCACCGGCGGCAGUUGCGACACGGCCAAGAGGGAGUCGAGAUCGGAUCGGAAGCCCAGGUCAAAUGGACUUCGCAUUUACUUCAGCUGUCUGCCGAAGGCAUCGCUCGUGCCCUCACGAUCCGAAUCACUGAGGCGCGGAACGAACGGGUGUUUACGCCGCUCAACAUCGACCAGGCUUUGGAUGCCAGGGAUGCAGUUGCCAAGGCGCUUUAUUAUGCGCUCUUCUCGUGGCUCGUGAAUCGGGUGAAUCAGACCGUUUGCCGGGGAACCAAGAACCUCUCCAUAUCCAUCUUGGACAUAUUUGGAUUCGAAGUCUUCGACGAGAACAGUUUCGAGCAGCUUUGCAUCAACUACGCCAACGAGAACCUUCAGUACUACUUCAGCAAGCACGUCUUCAAGCUGGAGCAGCAAGAAUAUGCCAAGGAGAGGAUCGAUUGGCAACCCAUCUCUUUCCCCGAUAACCAACUCGUGAUUCACCUGUUGGCCAAGAAACCGGUUGGAAUCUUCCACCUGUUGGAUGACGAAUCCAACUUUCCCAAGGCGACAGACACAUCUUUCUUGGAGAAGUGUCACUAUAACCAUUCCCUGAACGAACUCUAUUCGAGGCCUCGCAUGUCCUCCAUGGAAUUUGGGAUCAAGCACUAUGCGGGGCAUGUCUGGUACUGUGUGGAUGGAUUCCUGGACAAGAAUCGCGACACUCUGCGGGUGGAUGUUGUAGAACUUCUCAUCAGCAGCAAUAUUCCCAUGGUGUCCAAGAUGUUCCGCGAGGUGCGGCAGACGACCGAAGCGUCCAAGACGACCAGUAAAGCAAACGGUCGAUUUGUAACCAUGAAGCCGAGGACUCCGACCGUUGCGGCUCGAUUCCAGGACUCCCUUGCGUCUCUGCUCGACUCCAUGUCCAAGUGCAAUCCCUGGUUUGUCCGCUGCAUCAAGCCCAACAACGAGAAAGCCCCGAUGAAAUUUGACAUGCCAGUGGUCCUGGAGCAGCUCCGGUACACUGGGAUGCUCGAGACGAUCCGGAUCCGCAAGCUCGGAUACCCUGUCCGGAUGAAAUUUGGCCAGUUUUCUGAACGUUACCGAUGUCUGAUCCCUGAGCACCUUCCCAGGGGUAUACCACCGAGAGAAAUCACCCAGCUGGUGUUGGAUCGGAUUCCUCGGGUCAGGGACAUGUGUCAGCUGGGGACUCACAAGGUGUUCUUGAAAGAGGAAAUGGAAAGGCAGCUCGAGAAGGAGAGAGCAGAUAUCCUUCACAAGGCUGCAGUAGAAAUCCAGCGUUUUGUCAAGGGAAAACUGGCUCACAAGCGGUACCUGACUCAGAGAGAGGCGGCCAUACGCAUUCAAAAGCAGUUCCGAAUGGCUAUGCACAGGCACAAGUAUCUCAAACUCCGUCGAGGAAUCGUGAGAGCUCAGGCUAACUUUCGCAUGAUCCGACAGAAGAGACGCUUCACGCACAUGAAGGACGAGAUGAAACGUCGGCUGGAAGUGGAAAAACUUGCUCGGCAGAGGACAAAGGCCCGUUCUGCCAAGGAAGAAGCAGAUCGGGUUGCCCGUGCAGUGACAGGGGUCAAUCACAUUGACAUCCCAGCUGAACUGGCUUUCAUAUUCAGCAAACUGGAUGAAUGGCAACCAGUGCACCAUGAACGGAAUAUAAUGAAGGUGAUCGGCCAUAUUCCCAAAAAGGAUGAAGCAUACCACCUGCCCAAUGACAUAGACUAUUAUGCCUUCUCCAAGUUUGCAAAUGUGUACUUCAAGGCACAUCUUUGGGGGAUGAAACGAGAACCUAUCAAGACCCCAUUUUUAUCAAAGUCCAAGGAUUCUGAUUACCAAGAGUCCUUGGCCCUCUUCAAGCUCAUUCUACGCUUCAUGAAUGACUCCAACCUCAGUGGAAAGAGGGAGAGUGUCCUUGGAGAUUACAUUGUCAACAAGGCGUUGCUCAAUGAGAAGCUGCGGGAUGAACUUCUGUGCCAGCUUUGCAAUCAGACGUGGAAGAAUGAGAAUGAAGGAAACUGUGAGAGAGGUUGGCUUUUGAUGGCCAAUGCAUUAUCAUGCUUUGCACCUUCUCACUUCCUCUUCAAAUAUAUGCUCAAGUAUGUCUCUGAUCAUGCAUAUAAUGGAUACAAGGUUCUGUGUCAGAAGAAAUUGCUUCAAAGUGCACGCUUGGAGGCUCAAUUGGCUCGAACUUAUCCUCCUUGUCUCCUGGAAUGGAGAGCCAAUCGCAAGAAAGCCAACAUGGCCCUUGAAGCUGUCUUCUCUGAUGGUGAGACCUGGUAUGGUCCAGUGGAUUCAUGGACAACAGGAGAGGAAUUUGCUGGUACACUUGUGAGACAGAAGGGCCUGAAGGAGCCAUUUGGCUGGAGUGUGAGCAUCAUGGAUGCUCACAACAUAUAUGAGCUUAAUGGCUGUGAUUAUGUCUUAGACCUCAUUUCUGAAAUGGAGAUUCCCCCUGCAUUCCCUGUCUGCAAAGGGUUUUAUCUCCUAUCCUCCAGUCGGGACCAUGGUGGUUCCCCAUUUCGCAAGGGAAGCUUUUCUUCCACUGGGAGCAGCCAUGUGGAUGACUAUGGGAUGCCAAUGUCCACUCUGCCAGAGCACAUCCCAUCUCCAUCCGAUAUCCCAACAAGGGGACCUCCUGGAAAGAGAUUCUCCAGGGAGCAUUUCCUCAAGUCACGAUCCCGAGAGCAGUUGUCACCAGGUGCUGGCCUGUCUCGCACUUCAGCUCUUAACGACAGAUACUUUGAGGAUCAGAGCAGCCGAAACCGGAGCAAGAGCCUUGAUGCCCUUGAUGCUGAGCCUGUGACAAGAGACCCAGGACUGGGUGACAGCUUGGGUCUUGCUAUGAGUCGUUUGAAUGAACGCUAUCACAGCAUGGAUCAAAUUGCACCUGAUCGAGGUCGAGAUGCCCAAUGGCAGCCACUUCCUCUCGCAAAGAGUGCACUCAAUGAAAGGUAUUUUGCUGUUGGAGAAGCUCCCAUUGACAGAGUAUCUGAAGCUGGCAGUGAAUUCAGUCGAGAUGAAAAACUUUCUCGUCGCAUGGGAUCCCGAGAUUCAUCAAAACCCAAUAGUCGGCGUCCAAGCCUGGAUGGAGGGGCUCAACUUGGUGGAAGAAGAAGAUCUCAAGAGCAGCUCCUUGGGCCUGGAAGGCCUCCUUCAGCAUCAGAGUUUUCUGCCCUGGACUUUGUUGAGAUGGUAUCCACUCGACAGGAUGAUCAGAAGGGAGAAUACAGUCGCAUAUCCUCCAGGUAUGUGAAGUCUCAGUAUGCAGGAAGGCGUUACCCACCACCAGCUGCCAGUCAUUCCAGUCGAGCUCAGAUUGAGACCCGUUAUUCUGAAAAGACUGAUACUUAUGGCAUGAGGUCUUCUGCACUCUCAGAUACUAGUGAAACCCCUUCCCUAGCUUCUCAUGUGAGACGAGUCAGAGUGCCAUCACAAGCUUCAGAUGUGGACCAAUUCUUGGACGAUUUGUUCAUGCCCGUCUUGGAUGGGAAUCUGGAUGAGUUAUCUGAUGCCCGAUCCCUUGCUGCAUCCAUCAAAGGAGGAGGCAACAAAGAAGAUGAAGAAGUUGCAAAACUUACACAGAGAGGGCCUGAGCUGGACUCAGUGGAACGGCAUUCAAUAUUACGGCAAGCCAGUGCCGAAACAAGCACAGUCGAUGAAUACCUGAUGGACCUGUUUCAGCCAAUUCUGGUAAAUCAGUCAUUGGAUCAACUGACAAAUGCACAUCUCCUUGCAUCUGCCAUCAAAGGGGGUGGCAAAGGCAUCACAGGAAUCGACUCACAGGCUGGAGGUGUGACAGGAGGCAGUGGUGGAAUGCCCUUAUCAGCUGGACCAGGGACAAUGACAUUCCAGCCAAUCUCAGGGAUGACAUCACCCCCUCCUGUCAUGAUGUCUCCCCCACCCAUGCUCAUCCCCAAUCUUGGGUCCAUCCCCCUCUACAAUCCUCAAGCGAUGGCGGGACUCACAUUUGCAGCGGGGACCCCAGGUCUUGGGCACACCCCAUUGUCACCAACUGGGCUCGCCUCUCCAGUCAUGUUUGGCUCAUCACAAGCUGGUCCUACCUCUCCCCCACUGAUGGUCACCUACCUCCCCAUUUACAAUGCUCAAGGCUUCAGCCUUCCUAAUGUCCCCCUGCUACAACCUGCAGCCUCAACUCCAUCUGGGAAUCUCAGCUCCACACAGACUGUAGACAUUGCUCAGCUACAAGCUUUCCAGCAGAAUCUCCAGAGAGCUUUCCUUCAGUCUGCACUCACUCAGAAUCUGCAGAUUCAGCAGCAGCUCCUAGCACAAAAUCAGGCAUUGCAGCAGCUCCUUCAACAGUCGGUGUCAUUCCAAGAGCAAGAGUCUCAGUCAGACAUCUGGACUGGGCAGCAGAAAGCAGCUCCCAAUGCUCAAACGCCUCAACAUGCCCCAAGAACUCCUACUUCCCAGUCAGUCCAGGUGCAACAGAGUGGAGAAGAGAAGCUGGGUUUCUCUCCUCCUGUGAAGGAUUACAGUACAUCAACACCUAUAGUGAGGAAAAAUCAGGAACUCCAAAGCCCACAGUCUGCAUUUGGGAAUGUGCUCAAUGAACUCAAGAGAAAGAGUUCUGUUGAUGGGACUCCAACUCCUCCAAAGCCUUCAGGUGUGCGCCCUGCUUUCGCUCCACCCCCUCCACCUCCACCACCACCCCCAAAUCCACCCACACCAAGAGACCCAACUGAACCCCGUCCAUUCUUUGAUCCUUAUGGAAGAGCCAAAACUGUAAGAAUUGGUAAGUGGCGGUGGCCUCCGCCCCGCUCUGACGCAGAGGAUACGACUGACUCCUUCCUUCAAUUCAAGAUACGCCAACAGCAUAAAAAAAUUCUCGGUCAAAAGGACUCUCCAAACAACAUCAACAGUAGUAUGGAAUGGGAAGAGUUUGAUCUACCAGGUGAAAAAAGCAGAGAGCACAGAGGAAUUGCACAAGACGAUCCUGAACUGCAACAGAGAAACAUUAGCAAUGGCAUUGGCAAGCUCCAAAUCAGCCAUGAAAUGAAGACAAAAUUGGAAGAGAUUCAUGGCAAUCGAAGCAACAGGUCAUCAAUGAAGUCAGAGCAAGACACAAAGGAUCGAGUUGUGAAAAAACUAGAAGAACAAAGGAAGCUUCAUCUUCAGCAGCAGCUUGGUGGAGUGCUGGACUCUCAACGGGAAGUGAUUGAGAGCCGUAUUGGCAUGCAGAAGAGGAUAGUACCAUCAAGUGAAGAGCGAAUGAGGCGACCAACUCCUCCUCAGCCACCUCUCAUCCCACUCACAGUUGAUGUUGGGUAUCCUGACCAACAGAGUGGGGGUUAUUAUGCUCAGAAUGGUCUUCCAAAUGGAGAUCACUUGCCCUCCCGCCUAAGACAAGAUUCAUCUGAGAGACUUCUCCGGGAACGAAAGGCCUCUUCCUCAACCCAAAGAUCUGAUCGUAUUGAGUUGGAGGAGUCACCUGGAUUCUUGAAUCCCAUUGAUACCACACCAGUGAUCCUUGAUGACGAUUUUGCCACACGGACACUGGAGAGCAUGAAGACAAAGCUCUACCCACCCAACAUGGCUCCACACCUAACUUACACUCGAGUACCUUGGAAGAUACACAUCCGGAAAGAGGUGUUUUCGCCAAAAGAGGUGCAGUCGAAUCCACUGGCCCUUCAUUUGAUCUUCAGUCAAGUUGUAUGGGACACUUUGAUCUCGACUCCCCCUUGCGCCCGCAUCUCUAAGGUUGAACGACUUCAGAUGAAGCAGCUUCUUGACAAUUAUGGCAUCACUCUGGCCAACAUCCAGUCUCCCUGCAAGUCCUCCAUCAAGAAGAAUAUCAUCAACACAGCCAAAGAAUGGCCCUGCUAUUUUGCCAGGCUCUUCCCUGUCACAGGGGGGCGGCAGUAUAGCGACGUACAGCUGCUUGCCGUCGCCCAUUCGGGUGUGCGGCUGGUGCAAAGGGACUUCAGGGCUCCCAAUGAUGGUCUGCGAGUGGUUGACACUUUUAUGUGGGAAGACCUGGAGGAAGUGAUAUCACCUCGAAGCUCACUUCUUCAAAUCACCCUGCGUGGUGGAUCCCGGAUCGGGUUGUACUCUCACCGGGCUGGUCAGAUAGCUCGCAUGAUCCAGGACUUCUCCGAUGAAGCCGACAGGGUGAGUGUAUAG